GCAGGAACCGCAGAGGCCUUCCCCGCGCUUCCGAGGCGACAGCGCGACAGUCCGGAGCCAAGUCGCCCGCCACCCCGCGGCCACCAGCGGCGCCUCUGCCUCCUCCGGGCUCAGCCCCGCCCUGCGCCCCGGAACCCUGCUGAGGGCCCCGGGCGUACCGCAGAGCUGACCGCAGGACCCCCGGAGGCGGACGGCGAGGCAUGGCGACGCGGGCCCGCGGCUUCUCGCUGCUCCGAGGCCGUCUGGGCCGAGGGCCUGCGCGGGCCCCGGGCGUAGCGGAGCGCGCGUGGCGGGGCUUCGGGGGCAGCGGCCGGAGACAUGAAGCCAUUAUUGUCUCAGGAAUUGAAAUGGCCAAACAAAUCCAGAAAGAAAUUCAGCAAGGUGUGGAAUCAUGGAUUGCUCUCGGGAACAGGAGGCCUCACCUGAGUAUCAUUUUAGUGGGAGAUAACCCAGCAAGCCACACCUACGUCAGGAAUAAGAUAAAGGCUGCUUCCGCUGUAGGCAUCUGCAGUGAGCUCAUCCUAAAGCCCAAGAAUGUUUCUCAGGAGGAACUGUUGGAUAUCACUGAUCAACUGAACAUGGACCCAAGAGUCAGUGGUAUAUUAGUUCAGCUACCACUUCCAGACCACGUGGAUGAGAGAACAAUAUGCAAUGGGAUUGCUCCUGAAAAAGAUGUUGAUGGAUUUCACAUUAUGAAUAUUGGAAGACUGUGCCUUGACCAGCAUUCACUGAUCCCUGCCACUGCCAGUGCCGUUUGGGAAAUCAUCAGAAGAGCAGGAAUUGAAACAUUUGGGAAAAAUGUGGUCGUGGCAGGACGAUCCAAGAACGUGGGUAUGCCGAUCGCCAUGCUGCUGCACACGGACGGAGAGCACGAGCGUCCUGGAGGUGAUGCAACGGUGACUAUAGCGCACAGAUACACGCCCAGAGAACAACUGAAGGCCCACACUCAGCUAGCAGACAUCAUCAUAGUGGCUGCAGGCAUUCCAAGGUUGAUUACAGCUGACAUGGUCAGAGAAGGUACAGCAGUAAUUGAUGUGGGUAUCAACUACGUACAAGAUCCUGUGACGGGAAAGACCAAGUUAGUUGGAGAUGUGGACUUUGAAGCUGUUAAGAAGAAAGCCAGCUUUAUCACUCCAGUCCCAGGAGGUGUGGGACCCAUGACCGUGGCCAUGCUUCUGAAGAACACACUUCUAGCUGCAAAGAAUAUCACCUACUAGAUCACAGCGGGGAACACACAAAACAAAUACUGCUGCCUAUUUAUUUGACAACAGGCUAAGUCCUUUCUAUUUUACUACAAAGCUAUUUAUUUCUACACAUAUUUAUUUUUUCAUGAGUGGAAUCACUCUGGAACUGAUUAUCUACAAGACAUUAUGGAUUUCUUGCUCAUAGAUUUGAGUCUUAAGAAAAAAAUCAAAACAAUUCCAAUGACAAUUGUGGUAACAAUUCUUUAUUUUAUAGAUAUUUGUUCAUAAUGUUAAAAUAAAUGAAGUGUUCAUAUUUAAUAAAUAUAUUUUUGACAUAACCUAAGUAUUAAACACUGUAUGUUUUUAAAAAACUGUUUUGCCAGCUAAAUGAGUGCCAUGUAAACUAUAACUUAAGUUUUGAUCUAACCGUGAUUUUCUAUAGAGUCUAUACUCUAGGUUGUCUGUGGAGAAGAGGAGUCCUAUGGGGAAUUUAAGAAAUGAAAGAUGUUCCAGGAAGCAAAUGCUGCAACAACACUUGAAACACUAAGAACGAUUACUUUGUGUAGUGUAAAGCCAUACUUGUUAGGUUCCCACACCAUUCAGUUCAGUUCAUUGAUAUUAGCAAUCUCUCCAAACAAAUGAAUAGACAAAGUCAAACUCAAGCAUUUCCCCACAACAUCAACUAAAUAUAAUGCAGAUGUAGUAUGAGUGAAUCUAUCAUUAAGUAACUGUGAUAUGUUUAUUCAUGUGAGCAGAAAUCUGAUAGAAUUGUAAUGUACUAAUUUUGUUAAAAUGGAACCCUUCGAUAUAACAAAUAGCUAGUUCGUAUGCACACACAUUUUCUCUUUCCUAGGAUAUAGCAUUUGGUUCCUAAAACAGAUGCUGUGUUUCUAACACAAUUUCAAACUGGGAAAUGUGUGCGACUAUUACUUGAAGGUUAUUUAACCACUAGAACCAUAUAAUUGGUACUGUGGUUUCAUGCUCAAAUCCCAGUAUGUUCACGUACUAAUAAUGAUCUUUGUUCAAUGCAUGUCUUUAUCAGUGUGCCUCUUGUGUUGAAUAGAGUAGCUGUUUAUCCCUAAUAUCUCAACUGUCCAAUAAAAGCAUUUUGAAGAAGAA